AUGACGCGUGAAAUNGAGUGGAUGCAGCAGGAGUGGAUGCAGCAGGAGUGGAUGCAGCAGGAGUGGAUGCAGCAGGAGUGUUGCGUAUGGAUGAAGUCCUAUUUCCAAUGUUCUUUAGAAGAGUUGAAGUACAGGCUGGUGCUGCCUCCAGAUGGCGCUUGGGGACUAGAACAAGCCAAUGGCAGCUGGUCCGGGAUGGUAGGGCAGGUGUACCGCAAGGAGGCAGAUGUCGGAUUGGGGCCAUUUGCGAUGACGUACAGUCGCUCUACUGUGGUCGACUUCACGGUGCCCAUUCUUCAGGAUUACUUCCGGAUCAUCGUGCGACGCGGGACUCCUGAGCCUGAUCCUUGGGGGUUCCUAAAGCCUCUAUCCGUGUACACGUGGGUUGGGAUCCUGCUCAGUGGCCUGGUGAUGUCCAGCGUCAUGCUGCUGGCCAUGCAGACCAUCAGGCAACGCGUCAACAAACGCCAGGGGCUUGUCCUCUGGAGUAAAAAUUGCUUCAACUUCUUCGGGGUUAUUGUAAUGCAAGGCUUUACGCUGCGGAGCGUAGAAUUGACGGUGAAUAUUCUCACGGGGACUUGGCUUAUCUUCUGCUCCGUGAUACUUUGGAUCUACGGGUGUGCUUUGACAUCGCAGCUCUCCGUACGCUACAUCUACACCCCCAUCAGGAAUCUCGAAGAGCUCGUCACGGACCCCCAUAUUAACGUCGCCCUGGAGAGAGAGACCGCCUUCAGUGACUACGUCAGGGUGAGCUUUACGCUGCGGAGCGUAGAAUUGACGGUGAAUAUUCUCACGGGGACUUGGCUUAUCUUCUGCUCCGUGAUACUUUGGAUCUACGGGUGUGCUUUGACAUCGCAGCUCUCCGUACGCUACAUCUACACCCCCAUCAGGAAUCUCGAAGAGCUCGUCACGGACCCCCAUAUUAACGUCGCCCUGGAGAGAGAGACCGCCUUCAGUGACUACGUCAGGACUACAGACGAAGGUCUCUUCGGUAAGCUGGGGGCUUUUUACGGCCAGGGGCGCAUGCUGGAGGUAACGUCGGCCCAGUUCCCCGACAUCAUCAACAACCAAGUCAGGAGCGGCAAAUAUGUCCUCCUUAUUGACGAGCUUGCAUUUAUAUUUCCAAUGGAUCAACAGACUACAGACGAAGGUCUCUUCGGUAAGCUGGGGGCUUUUUACGGACAGGGGCGCAUGCUGGAGGUAACGUCGGCCCAGUUCCCCGACAUCAUCAACAACCAAGUCAGGAGCGGCAAAUAUGUCCUGCUUAUUGACGAGCUCACGUUACUACGCCUCCUAUCACUGGACUUUUCCAACAGCGGAACUUGCGACUUCAUGUUGUCAGAGGACCGCUUCAAGCCCUGGGUGCUGUCCUUCAUAGGGCAGAAGAACCAUCCUCUUGUCCCCGCCAUGUCUGAACGGAUUCUGUCGAUUGUGGAGAGUGGGUUGUACAUGCGUUGGAUGGCCGAAGAGAUGCCCAACGCCACCGCCUGCAACUCCCAACCCACGACCAUCUCCGUCAGCGAGCCUUAUGGUCUCGAGGGUCUUUGGGGGGUUUUCGUGCUGCUGGCCGCUGGCUUGAUGACGUCGCUGCUUUUGCUGUUGUGCGAAAUGAAGAACCCAGACUACUGGGUGAAAACGCCGCUAAAAACGACUUGAAAAUUUCCCGGAUUGCUUGGUCACAUAAUUUCUUAAAUAUUCGUUUAUAGGGAAGAUAAGAAAACCACCGGCGUAAAUUUCACGUGGGCAUUGGGAGGAUAGAUAAGUGAUUAGAGGUGGAUUUAUUUGAUUAAAAUCGUCAAUGACAGGAAAGUUAGGCUACCCUUUCCAAGUUUUGGGACAUUUUUUAGCUUUUAAACACAAUUUAUACAUUCAGCAGGGAGCAAGAGGCGUUGAAAUGUUCAAUGCCAUUUUUCGUAUAUGUGUCCGAAGCCAUUAGCAGGUGUCAUAAAAUGAUUGAAGGCAUUUUUCUAAAAAUACUUCGUACGUAUAUAAUAAAAAAUAAGAAAUUCGUAGGCAAUUUUACUUGCCACCUUGUAGUUUAUGGGCGGAGAAAA